AGUAGUAUGGCAUUUCAGAGGUACCUAGUUUUGGGUAUCUUACUUCUUCAUGUCUCAUUAAUGAACACCAUUGUUGUUAGCCCAAACCAUUACAGUACUGCUUCGCUCAACCGGAGCAGUUUUCCAGUAGGUUUCAUUUUUGGGACGGCGUCAUCAUCUUAUCAGUACGAAGGUGCAGCAAAAGAAGGUGGUAGAGGGCCAUCUAUAUGGGACACUUUCACCCAUAGAUAUCCAGGUAAUAUAACGGAUCAUAGUAAUGGAGAUGUAGCUGUUGAUCAAUAUCACCGCUACAAGGAAGAUGUGCACAUUAUGAAAGAAAUGGGUUUAGAUGCAUACAGAUUCUCAAUCUCAUGGUCCCGAGUUUUACCAACUGGAAAGCUUUGUGGGGGUGUGAACAAGGAAGGAAUUAAAUACUACAACGAUCUAAUCAAUGAUCUCCUAGCCAAAGGUCUAAAGCCCUUUGUGACACUCUUCCAUUGGGAUCUUCCCCAAGUCUUAGACGACGAGUAUGGCGGCUUCUCAAGUCCUCAAAUUGUCCAUGAUUUUCGGGAUUUUGCCGAACUUUGCUUCAAGGAAUUUGGUGAUCGAGUGAAACACUGGAUUACACUAAAUGAGCCACUAGGCUACAGUGUUAAUCUUUAUACAAUUGAGUUCUUAGCAUCGGAUCGAUGUUCCAAUCAGCAAAAUCAAAAUUGCACAAUCGGAAAUUCCAGCAUAGAGCCAUAUUUGGUUUCACACCACCAGCUUCUUGCUCAUGCAGCCGUCGUGAAAUUGUACAAGCAAAAAUAUCAGGCAAGACAAAAAGGGUCAAUAGGAAUAACAUUAGUGGCAAGUUGGACGGUGCCAUAUUCUAAUGCCAAGCAUAAUCGUAAAGCUGCACUAAGAGCCCUUGAUUUCUUGUUUGGAUGGUUUAUGGACCCCUUGACCAAUGGUGACUAUCCACGUAGCAUGCGAUCUCUUGUUGGAAACAGAUUACCCAAGUUCUCAAAAGAGCAAUCCAAUAUUGUAAAUGGGUCGUUUGAUUUUAUUGGAUUAAACUACUAUACCACCACUUAUGCAGCCAAUGCACCUCAUCACAAUGCUGUAAAUGCAAGCUACACAACAGAUAUGCGUGUUAAUCUUUUAACCGAGCGAAAUGGGAUUCCCAUUGGUCCAAAGGCAGCUUCUGAUUGGCUCUAUGUGUAUCCGAGAGGAAUACGAGAUAUUUUGCUAUACACAAAGACAAAGUAUCAUAAUCCGCAAAUUUACAUCACUGAGAAUGGAAUUGAUGAGUUUAAUAACGCCUCAUUGUCCCUCGAGGAAGCCCUUGUCGACAACCAUAGAAUUGAUUAUUUCUAUCGCCAUCUUAAAUACCUUAAUAGAGCUAUUAAGGAUGGGGUAAACGUGAAAGGAUACUUUGCGUGGUCACUAUUGGACAACUUCGAAUGGAAUAGUGGUUACACCGUUCGAUUUGGUAUCAACUAUGUGGAUUAUAAGAAUGGGUUGAAAAGACACCCAAAACUGUCAGCCCAUUGGUUCAAAAGCUUCUUGAAGAAAUAGAGUACAUGAUGCAUGCGUGCAUGCUUAAUCUCACAAUGACCAAUUAAUUAAUAAA